AUGUACAUCUUCAUCGGGAACUUGGCUUUCUCCGAUCUCUUGGCCGGGUUGGCCUUCAUGGCCAACACCUUGCUCUCCGGAGCCACCACCUUCAACCUGACACCGGUACAGUGGUUCGUACGGGAAGGCACGGCCUUCGCCACGUUGGCCGCCUCCGUCUUCAGCUUGUUGGCCAUCGCCAUCGAGCGCCACGUGGCCAUCACCAAGGUCAAGGUCUACAGCAGCGACAAGAACUCGACCUGCGGGAUUGCUCCACCGUCCUCCCCCUCUACUCCAAACGUUACAUCCUCUUCGUCAUCACCAUCUUCACCGUCAUCCUCCUCGCCAUCGUCGGGCUCUACAGCCGCAUCUACUACGGUCACCAUCGUCCUGGGAGCCUUCAUCGUCUGCUGGCUGCCGGCCUUCAUCAUCCUCCUCAUGGACGCCUCCUGCCCCGUCCGGGCCUGCCAGAUCCUCUAUAAGGCGAACUAUUUCUUUGCCUUCGCCAUGCUCAACUCGGCCGCCAACCCCAUCAUCUACACGCUGCGGAGCAAGGACAUGCGCCGGGAGUUCCUGCGGGUGCUGUGCUGCUGCGGGGCCGGGCGCCGGGCCCAGCCCCCGGGCCGCUGCGGGCUCCCGCUCCGCACCUCCAGCUCGCUGGACCGCUGCACCCCAAAAUACGAGUUACCCACCUCGCCUAUCACCCGCGAGUGUACCACCUCCGUUUAG